CUGAAUAAUAAAAGGGGAGCGGCGAAGCGGCAGGAAGACAGGACCAUGUCGAAGGGCCCCGGGCCCGGCGGCUCGGCAGCUUCCUCGGCGCCCCCGGCCGCUACCUCGCAGGUGCUGCAGGCGCAGCCCGAGAAACCGCAGCACUACACGUACCUGAAGGAAUUCCGCACCGAGCAGUGCGCACUCUUCGUGCAGCACAAAUGCUCGCAGCACCGGCCCUACACCUGCUUCCACUGGCACUUCGUGAACCAGCGCCGCCGCCGCUCCGUGCGCCGCCGCGACGGCACCUUCAACUACAGCCCCGACGUCUACUGCACCAAGUACGACGAGGCCACGGGGCUCUGCCCAGAGGGCGACGAGUGCCCAUUCCUGCACAGGACCACGGGAGACACAGAGCGCCGCUACCACCUGCGCUACUACAAGACGGGCAUCUGCAUCCACGAGACCGACUCCAAGGGCAACUGCUCCAAGAACGGGCCGCACUGCGCCUUCGCGCACGGGCCCCAUGACCUGCGCGCACCUGUCUACGACAUCAGGGAACUGCAGGCCAUGGAAGCCUUGCAGAACGGCCAGAGCGCUGUGGAGAGCAGCCUGGAGGGCCAGUCAGCCAGCGCUGCCAGCCACGCCAUGAUCGAGAAGAUCCUCAGCGAGGAGCCGCGGUGGCAAGAAACUGCAUACGUCCUGGGCAACUACAAGACGGAGCCGUGUAAGAAGCCGCCGCGGCUAUGCCGCCAGGGCUAUGCCUGCCCCUACUACCACAACAGCAAGGACAGGCGGCGCGGGCCCCGCAAGCACAAGUACAGGUCAUCUCCGUGUCCGAACGUGAAGCAUGGGGAUGAGUGGGGGGACCCUGGCAAGUGUGAGAGUGGAGACGCCUGCCAGUCCUGCCACACGCGCACAGAGCAGCAGUUCCACCCCGAGAUCUAUAAAUCCACCAAGUGCAACGACAUGCAGCAGUCAGGCAGCUGCCCUCGCGGGCCCUUCUGCGCAUUCGCCCACGUUGAACAGCCCUCUCUCGGCGAUGAGCUGCCGCCUUCCUCCGCCGUGUCCAGCCCCACCCAGCCCGGCCCCGUCCUCUACAUGCCCUCCGCCGCCGGCGACUCUGUGCCCGUGAGCCCCUCCAGCCCACACGCCCCUGAUCUUAGCGCUCUCCUCUGUAGAAACAGCAGUCUAGGUAGCCCCUCCCCCCUCUGUGGGUCUCCUCCUGGCUCCUUGCGAAAACCCCCCAACCUAGAAGGAAUCGUCUUCCCUGGGGAGUCGGGCCUCGCCCCCGGCAGCUAUAAGAAGGCUCCUGGCUUUGAGAGGGAGGACCAGGUGGGAGCCGAGUACCUGAAAAAUUUCAAAUGCCAGGCCAAAUUAAAAUCCCACUCACUAGAGCCCCGGAGUCACGAGCCGUCCCUGCUGCAGCCUAAACAGGACGUGCUGGGCCUCCUCCCUGCAGGCAGCCCCCUCAACUCGAGCGUCUCUUCUAGCAUCACAUCCAGCCUGGCCGCCACGCCCCCCAGUCCCGCAGGCCCCAGCAGCGCCCCUGGCAUGAAUGCCAACGCCCUGCCCUUCUACCCCACCAGCGACACGGUCGAGUCGGUCAUAGAGUCAGCCCUGGACGACUUGGACCUGAAUGAGUUCGGGGUGGCCGCCCUGGAGAAGACCUUUGACGGCAGUGCCGCGUCUCACCCCGGAAGCGUCACGCUUGGAGGCAGCUUGUUACAGAGCUCGGCACCUGUCAACAUCCCAGGGUCCCUGGGCAGCUCCGCAUCCUUCCACUCGGCCUCCCCAUCCCCGCCCGUCAGCCUCUCCUCACACUUCCUACAGCAGCCCCAGGGCCCGCUGAGCCAGGCUGAGAACACCUUCCUGGGCACCUCCGCGUCCCGGAGCUCUCUGGGUCUGAACGGGAUGAACAGCAGCAUCUGGGAGCACUUUGCCUCUGGAAGCUUCUCCCCAGGCACUUCCCCUGCCUUUCUGUCAGGCCCGGGGGCUGCCGAGCUGGCUCGCCUGCGGCAGGAGCUGGAGGACGCGAACGGCACCAUCAAGCAGUGGGAGGAGUCCUGGCAGCAGGCGAAGCAGGCCUGUGAUGCGUGGAAGAAGGAAGCAGAAGAGGCAGGCGAACGGGCCAGUGCUGCGGGUGCUGAGUGCGAGCUGGCGCGGGAGCAGCGGGACGCACUGGAGGUGCAGGUGAAGCGGCUGCAGGAGGAACUGGAGCGGCUGCAUGCUGCCGACCCGGCCUUGCCCGCCUUCGCGGAUCUCGAGGCCCUGUCGCUGGCCACACUCUACUCCCUGCAGAAGCAGCUGCGGGCCCACCUGGAGCGGGUGGACAAGGCCGUGUUCCACAUGCAGUCGGUGAAAUGCCUUCAGUGUCAGGAGCAGGACCGGGCGGUGCUGCCUUGCCAACACGCUGUGCUGUGCGAGCUCUGUGCCCAGGGCAGCGAGUGCCCCGUCUGCCAGCCAGGCCGCGCCCACGCCCUCCAGUCGUGACCCCGCAGGCCCGGCCCCCUUCCCCAACUAGGACUUUUUAAAGUAUCUAUAUAUAUGUAUGUAUGUAUGUAUGUAUGUAUGUACAUGACUGUAUACAUCUGUGUGCGGCGGCCAGCGUGGGAACAGUGUCUGUGUGUAUAUCUGGAACGGUAUAGACACACACUUUAAAAGACUUUACCAAGCACUUUUUAAAAGCAAAGACUUUUGCAGUCCCCUGCCCCCCUCCCCGCAGCAGCCUUGGGCCGGGAGCCUUGUUUUUUGUACACGUAGGAACUAACUCUUUGUAACUUCCUCCUGGGGCCCGACUGAGUGAGGAGGAGGAGGAGGAGGCCGGGGUGCUUCCCCCUACCCCUACCCCAUUUUUCACCCACAGCCCCAGGCUGCAGUGGGCUGAGGGGAGGGGUCCCCCUUGGGGGCCUGGCAGGUGUGCGGGGUCCAGCCUUCUCGCAUAGCUCCUAUAGGUUUUACCAAAUGUGUAUUUUAGGCCAGGGCUGGAGGCCAACGCAGCCAUGCCUGACCCUUGAAGCUCCUUAGGGGGUUGGGAGGGCAAAGCCUCCGGUGUCCCACCCUCGGGGCACCUGAGGUCUGGGGCCCACUUGGCCCUCGCUCUCCCCGUGGCAGCUAGCAGGGCAGCGGUGGGGAGGCGCCGCGUUCCUGGUGCUCUGAGUGCGGUGACGUCCGUGUGCGGUGCGGGCGCGAUUGUGUGUGUGUGCCUGUCCCGUGGGUCUCGUCUUAGCUUCCAUUGAAACGUUGUUCUGUCCAGACAGAGGCAGCGGGUGGGCGGGCAGGGGGGGACGGCCACCCCACCAGCUCCCUCCUGGCAUCGGGGACCCCGAGGUAGGGGUGGGAGGGCCGGAAGAGUCUGUCUCCAGCCCAGGCCCCCCCACAACCCCCGCCUCGGACUCAGCACGGAAGAAAGGGCUUUCAAUGAAUUAAGUGAAAACUUUUUUUUUUAUAAAAAUGCAAAAAUCAACAAAGCUCCAAACCUAUUGGAAAUAAACUAUGAACUUGA